AUGGCCACGGGUGGAAAAGUCUCCUUCAAAGUCACUCUGACUUCGGACCCUAAGCUUCCUUUCAAAGUUUUCAGUGUACCGGAGGGAGCUCCGUUCACGGCGGUUCUGAAAUUCGCAGCGGAGGAGUUUAAGGUUCCUCCCCAAACCAGCGCAAUCAUCACCAAUGAUGGGAUCGGGAUCAAUCCUCAACAGAGCGCAGGAAAUGUGUUCCUGAAGCAUGGAUCUGAGCUAAGACUUAUCCCGCGCGAUAGAGUUGGAGCUGCGUUUGUUAUGGAUCCAUGA